ACGGUCACCGCCGAGCCCCCCGAGGUGUUCACUGUUGAAGAAAUGAUGCCCCAUGUCCAGCACAUGAAAGGGGGUCACAGUAAAAACCUUUUCCUUAAAGACAAAAAGAAGAAAGGGUUCUGGCUGGUGACUGUUCUGCACGACAGGCAAAUCAAUCUGAACGACCUCGCUAAAAAACUGGGUGUUGGAAGUGGAAACCUGAGGUUUGCUGAUGCAAGCGCCAUGUUGGAAAAGCUAAAAGUGGGCCAGGGCUGCGCGACACCCCUCGCCCUCUUCUGUGACCAGGGAGACGUGAGGUUUGUGCUGGAUGCCGGCUUUCUGGAAGGUGGCCACGAAAAGGUGUAUUUUCAUCCAAUGACAAAUUCUGCAACCAUGGGCUUAAGCCCCGACGACUUCCUGAAGUUUGUGAGAUCAACAGGCCAUGAUCCCAUCAUCAUACGUUUCGAUGAAGGCAAUAACUAGAUGAAGUUCACUUUUCUGUUACUUGGCAUGGAUUUUUGUAGAGCAGAACUGGUGAAGGUCUCAUUACAAACAAAAUUUGAAAAAA